UAUGGUGAUGGUCAUAACAAAAACAGGACCUCAACGUACCUCUUACUAUGACGUUCUGUUAAUGUCAAAUAUCAUGGAAAAUACACAAUUGGUUAUUAACUUUAACCUUGUUUAAAAUCAUAAAAACUUGCAGAAUAAAUUAUAUGCUAUUUGGGAUUUCCAAUAAAAUUAUUUUGUUUUAUCUAAUUUUUUUUAUUAUUACCUAUAAACUUUUAGUUGAAACUUAUACAAAUUAUCAACAUGCAUAACCAAGAGGAGGAUAAAAAAUUAGACUGGAUGUAUAAGAAACCUGGUCAAUCGAUUAAUCAUGAGGAUUACCUUUUGGGAAAAACUAUUGACAAAGAAUUUGAAGCUUUGGCUCAAGAAGAACGAAACAAAAACCAAGAAGAACAAGGUCUUGCACCAAAAAAUCACGUAGAACAUGAAUGCGUGCCAUUUUCUAUUAGAUCAUAUAAGAAUGCCCCACAAGACCAGGUAGACAUGGCCAGAAAGCUUCAAGAAGAUCCUCUAGUAGCAAUUAAAAGAAAAGAAAUGGAAAGUAGGCAGCAGUUAUUACAAAAUCCCGUUAAAUUAAAAGAGCUUCACAGAAUACUGAAAGAGGAAAAAAUGAAAAAAUUAAGCAAGAAAAAAAAGAAAAAGGAUUCAAAACCUAAAAAAUCAAAAAAAGAUAAAUCAGAAAAACAUGUUGAAAAGGAUCUUGAUGAUAUAUUAGCUGAAAAGUAUGCUAAAUUAAAAGCUACUCUUGAUGAAACUUUAGAUAUGGGCUCAUUAUUAAAAAAUAAGCAAAAAGAUUCUGGUGAAUCUCAGGACUCUGAAGACAGUGAUCACCCGUCUCCAAGAAAAUUAUUAAAAUCAGACAGUAGAUCACAUCGAAAUACAUCGCCAAUGUCUAAAAUUCAAAAGGGAUAUAAAAAUCGCAAUAAUAUUGAAAAUUCUGCUUAUAAAUCCCAUUCAGAAAAUUACAAAAGAAGUAAUAAUUAUGAUGAAAGGGAUAAUAGCAGAAGCAUGUAUAGAAGUAGGACAAAUCGUAGUACAGAUUAUAGAAACUCAAGCAAGGAAAAGAAUGAUAGAAAUUAUAGAAACAGAUCACCUGAUUUUCAUAAAUCUGAUAAAAGAAACAGUAAGCAACAAAAUUAUGAUUCAUGCUCAGAUGAUGAUAAAAAUGAUAAAAAAGGUUUUGAAAGAAAUAAUAGGAAAGAUAAACAUAAAGGUUAUAGUUGCAAAAACAGUUCAGAUAUAGAAAGUAAUGAUAAAAGUUAUAAAAAUAAAAAUUCUCAUACUUCUAAUCGUAAUAUGAAUGACAAUAAUGACAAAUAUAAGAACAAACCUAAUUAUGAUUCAGAUGAUGAAAGAAUGAGAAAAAGUCAAAUGAGAUCCAAUUAUGGGUUGGUAACAGCUGAUGGGAAAAAACUGGAAUUGAAAAAGACUGACAAUGACAGUAAAAACUCAAAACAUUCAAAUCCUAAAACAGUUACUAAAAAACAUAAUACGAGUCAUAAAAGACCUAGAUUGACUGAUGAAGAAAUUGAAGCCAGGCGGAAAGAAAUGUUGGAAAAUGCCCAAUGGAGAGAUAAACAAUUAGAGAGGAAUAUUAAAAAAUAUCAAGAAGAAGAUAGAAGAGAACAGGAUAAAAAUAGUUCUGAUUUUGAUACAGAAUUUCUGAAGAAACAAAUGGCGAGAGCUACUGAGAAAGAUACUUUAGAACGUAGAAUAAAAUCAAACAUAAAUAAUAUACAAAGAAGUGGGAGAUCGAUGGAUAUGAAUUUUGCAAGAAGAUAAAUUU